AUGACUGCUGGGCCUGCCCUGUGGCUGGGCUCUCUGCUCCUGGGUUCCUUCUUGGGGCUUUCAGGUUCAGCCUCUCUUCUUAGGCGCCUACGUGAGCACACUCAGCAGCUUCAGGAGGGAUCUGACCCAAGCCUGGAUCUGAGCCUAGGCCCCAGUGCUCUGGUCCUCCCAAAAGAGGGGUGGCUAGAGCAGCCCCUGGACCCCUUCAAUACGUCUGACAGAAGGGUCUUCCUACAGAGGUACUGGGUGAAUGAUCAGCAUUGGACCGGCCAGGAUGGACCUGUAUUUUUGCACCUGGGAGGUGAGGGCAGCCUUGGGUCCGGAUCAGUGAUGAGAGGUCACCCUGCAGCCCUGGCCUCCGCCUUCGGGGCACUGGUGAUAGGUCUGGAACACAGAUUUUAUGGACUGAGUGUACCUGCUGGAGGCCUGGACAUGGCCCAGCUCCGCUUCCUGUCCAGCCGUCAUGCGUUGUCUGACAUGGUCUCUGCCCACCUUGCACUCUCCCGCCUCUUCAACGUCUCCUCCUCAAGCCCUUGGAUCUGCUUCGGAGGCUCCUAUGCCGGCUCUCUGGCCGCCUGGGCCAGGCUGAAGUUUCCCCAUGUAAUUUUCGCCUCCGUCGCCUCCUCCGCCCCGCUACGUGCGGUGCUGGAUUUCUCAGAAUAUAACAACGUAGUGUCCCGAAGCUUAAUGAACACGGCAAUUGGUGGGUCCCCGGAGUGCAGGACUGCAGCAUCUGCGGCUUUCGAGGAGGUGGAGCGGCGACUGCGGGCGGACGAGGCGUCCCAGGAGGCGCUGCGGGAGGAGCUGGGAGCGUGCGGAACGCUGAGCCGCCUGGAGGACCAGGCGGAGCUGCUGGAGGAGCUCCAGGCGCUGGUGGGGGGCGCGGUGCAGUACAAUGGGCAGGCGGGGGCGCCGCUGAGCGUGCGACAACUCUGUGGAUUUCUCUCGGGCUCCGGCAACCGCAGCCACAGCCGCACCGCCCCCUACCGCGGGCUGCGGCGGGCAGCGCAGAUGGUCAUGCGCAGUCUGGGACAGAGGUGCUUAAGUGCUUCUCGAGCAGAGACAGUGGCACACCUGAGGAACACAGAACCCCAAGGUUCCGGUGUGGGUGACCGGCAGUGGUUGUACCAGACCUGUACUGAAUUUGGCUUUUAUGUCACCUGUGAAGGCCCUGGAUGCCCUUUCUCCCAACGCCCAGCACUGCCCUCCCAACUCAGUCUUUGUGAGCAGAUAUUUGGCCUCUCAGUCUCAUCAGUAGCCCAGGCAGUGGCCCAGACAAACUCCUACUAUGGUGGCCAGACCCUGAGGGCCACUCAAGUGUUAUUCAUUAAUGGGGAUGCAGACCCCUGGCAUGUGCUAAGUAUAACACGGCCCUUGGGACCCUUUGAGUCAUCUCUUCUCAUCCCGAAUGCCUCCCACUGCUUAGACAUGGCUCCUGAGAAACCCUCAGACUCCCCCAGCCUCCGCCUGGCACGCCAGAAGAUCUUCCAGCAGCUGCAGACCUGGCUCACAUUAGCAAAAGAGAGCCUGGUUAGGGGUGGGGCUUGA